GCCAUUGAAUGUACAGUUCAUAACUGGCUGAAUAAGAGAUUUUUAAAGGUUUGGUAUAAAAUAUGGCUGAGCAGGGCAGAGGUAGAAGUAAAAGUCGAGGCAGAGGAAGGAGCUAUGAUAAUAAACCAUAUUCCACUACGCCUGGACAUCAAUCUGGUUCACAAUCACAAUCAUCCCAUGCUUGGGGACGUAGACCCGGUCCUUCUCAGUCACAACCAGGAUCAUCUUCUCAGCUUCCAUAUACAAGACCACUAACAGCGCAGAAAAGUGCUGGGAGAGCCACUCAAAGAUUAGAUCCUAAGAGUGAAAGUGGGCCAGGAUAUAAAGAGGAAAGUGCUUCUGAACCAAUGGAAGUGUGUGGCGGUGAAGGAGAUGCAGGAAGAGGAACAUUGGGAAGAGGAGCUAUGCGAGGAAAACGUGUAGUACUUCCGGAAAUACAAACCAAACCAGCGAAUUUAGUUACCAAGAAAGGCAGUACUGGACAUAAAGUAAUGUUACAAGCAAACUAUUUUAAGUUACUUACAACAACUGAUUGGUGUUUAUAUCAGUAUCGAGUCGAUUUUGCACCAGAAGAAGAUCGAACUAUCGUUCGUAAAGGAUUACUUAGACUUCAUAAAAAAACUUUGGGAGCAUAUGUUUUUGAUGGAACUGUUCUGUAUACUAGUAGGCUUAUACAAGAUAAACUUGAAGUUUGGUCUGUUAGACAGUCAGAUGAGACUAAAAUCAGAAUCACCAUACGUCUUGUUGGCGAUAUGAAAAAAGGUGAUCCACACUAUAUUCAAUUUUUCAAUAUAAUUAUGCGAAAAUGUUUGGAUCUAUUAAAACUUCAGCUUGUUGGACGCGAUUAUUUCGAUGCACGCAGUAAAGUAGAGGUACGCGACUUCAGAUUGGAACUCUGGCCUGGUUAUCUCACAUCUAUAAAACAACAUGAAAAUAACAUUCUUAUGUGUUCUGAGAUUAUAUAUAAAGUCAUGCGUCAACAGACUUUGUUGGAUGUACUCACUGAUUGUUAUCAUCAAAGUCAGAGUGAUUAUAAGAAAUUGUUUGAAAGUCAAGUUGUUGGUACAGUUGUACUUACUGAUUACAACAACAAUACAUAUCGUAUAACAGACAUAGACUAUGAUACAACCCCUAAUUCAACUUUUCAAUUGAGAAGUGGUGAAAAAACAUCGUACAAAGAUUACUAUAGAACCAAAUAUCAAAUCAGAAUUCAUAACGAUUCCCAACCAAUGUUGGUGACUAGAUUAAAACCAAAAGAACGUCGUUCUGGCCAAACUGAAUUAGUAUAUCUUGUGCCUGAGCUAUGUCGUGCAACAGGUUUAACAGAUAAUAUGAGAGAAAAUUUCCAUCUAAUGCGUGCAUUGGCAGAACAUACUCGAGUGUCUCCGAGGGCACGUAUAGAUAAAUUAAUGAUUUUCAAUAGAAGACUCCGACAGGAGAAAGCAAUUGUGGAGGAAUUAAACGAUUGGAACAUGCAACUUGAUGAAAGAUUAGUUGAUGUACCAGCGCGUAUUUUACAACCAGAAAAGAUCGUAUUGGGUGGCAAUCGAAUAGCUACAGCUGGACAGUUUGCAAAUUGGACAAGAGAAUUGCAUAAUAAACCUAUGUUUAAUUCGGCUCGAUUAAGCAAUUGGGUCUUAAUCUCUAUGGGUCGUAUGAGACGCGAUGUUGAAAGGUUCGUUGGAGCGGUGAGAUCAUGUGGAGAGGGAAUGGGCUGUAGAAUUGAGAAUCCUAGGUAUUAUGAUAUUAAUGAUGAUCGAUCUAAUACUUAUUCUGACGCCCUCGAAAGGAUAAUGAGCUCUUCUAACCCAGAAUUAAUUUUUUGUGUGGUAUCAAAUAAUCGAGUCGAUCGAUACAGUGCAAUAAAGAAAAAAUGUACUGUCGAUAGGCCGGUGCCUUCACAAGUUUUCCUCGCAAAGAAUUUAUCAGCCAAAGAUAUAAGAUCGAUAGCUACAAAAGUAGCUAUUCAAUUAAAUUGUAAACUUGGUGGUGCUCCAUGGAGUGUUGAAUUGCCACCGAUUAAUUUGAUGGUAGUUGGAUUUGAUGUAUGUCACGAUCCUAAUGAUAAGAGUCGUGAUUUUGGUGCAAUGGUGGCAUCGAUAGAUAAAAGUUUGACAAGAUAUUUCAGUGCAGUCAGCGCUCAUACUACUGGAGAGGAACUUUCUAAUGAAUUCUCAGUAAAUCUUGUAAAAGCUUUGCACACUUAUAAGGAGUUAAAUAAAAUUUUACCAUCACAUAUUGUAAUUUAUCGUGAUGGUGUAGGCGAAGGACAAGUACCGUACGUAUACGAGCACGAAGUAACACAACUAAAGUCUAAACUGAACAGUAUUUACGGUGAUCCUACUGCCGUUAAAAUGGCAUUUGUGAUAGUUACGAAACGAAUUAAUACUCGCGUCUUUCAUAAUCAGAACAAUCCUCCACCAGGCACAGUAGUAGACGAUGUUAUCACUAAUCCACUGAAAUACGACUUUUUCAUUAUAUCUCAAAGUGUACGCCAAGGUACAGUGUCGCCUUGUGCAUACAGUGUAAUUGCAGACACAACAGGCUGGAAAGCCGACCAAAUGCAAAGACUGACAUAUAAGUUGUGUCAUAUGUAUUAUAAUUGGUCUGGUACCAUAAAGGUGCCUGCACCUUGUCAGUAUGCUCAUAAACUUGCUUUCUUCGUGGCACAGUUCAUACGUCGUCCACCAAGUACAAAAAUGGAAAAUUUAUUGUACUAUCUGUAAUUUUUACUGGCAUAGAAGUUUAUCCUGUUAACGUGCAAAACAAACAAGCAUAAAGUAUGAUACGCGAUUAUGUUUUAUGCAAAAUAACUUAGUUAUAUUUUUAACAUUUUUUA